GCGGUCAUAAAACCGUUUUUGACGGUCAAAAGUCAGAGAUAUCUCGUCACGUGACGAGUGUACUCUCUAGUAAGCUAACUGUGGCUCUGAGGUGCUGCUGCAAUUCGUCAGUCUUGAUUAUGUUAUUGAAAUUUGAAAAAAUAAUGUUUUCGUCAAGGAUAAUUUAAAUUUUCCAUGUUUGCAAUGAAAAAACAAUGUCUUUUUACCUGCUCGUAAUAAUUAUCAUAAACGUACUCGCGAUUAAUAUUCAAGGAACAGAAUAUGAUUAUAAAGUUGAUUGUAAUAACCUGCGAAUAGGCCAGUACAUUUGUCCGCAUCCUAACUACGAUAUUAUUGACAGGACCACUCAACAAAUUCGAGGAUGUACUAAAAAAAAUAAAGCUAAAGUUGACUGUCUAGCAGCCGAUGGUUUAAUAUGUUUGGAAACUUUGAAUAAUACUUUUAAAAAGGAAAUCCCCUGCAAAUGGACCAAUGGAUAUUCCUUUGAAACAUCCGUACUUCUAUCAGUAUUCCUCGGAAUGUUCGGAAUAGACCGAUUUUAUCUUGGAUAUCCAGCAUUGGGAUUGUUGAAAUUAAGUACCUUGGGAUUUUUAUUUAUCGGUCAAUUCUGCGACGUGAUUCUUAUAUCAACUCAAAUAGUUGGUCCUGCAGAUGGUUCACACUACGUAAUGCCAUACUUUGGACCGGAAAUAAAUCUUCUUUUUAGUGAUAAUUUUACUUAUAAAGUACCACAGCAAGAUUGGUGACAAUAAAAUGACUAACUAUAUAAUUUAAUAUGUAAAUUGUUUUGUGUGGUUCGGGAGUUUCCGAAUAAAUUUGAGGCUUGAAAACUUUUACGAAGUAGAAAAUUUCCUGAAUAGGAAAACGUCCUCUAUCUGAAAAAACUUUAAAAGUCUUUCAGGUGAAACGACAGUGAUGGGAUGAGUGAAGACGUCGACUAGAUUGCAAAUGAGAAUUAUAUUAAAGAAUAUUUAAUAUUAAAAAAUUACAGGAAUUAUGAAGAUAAUUAAACUACAAAUUAAAAACUGAAAAUUAAUGCAUUGAACAGCAUAAAAAUUAGAAAAAUAUAUUUUUAUGUGAGUUGAUGUAUUCACACUAACUUGUAUUGAAAAAAAAAUAAAUAAAAUACUUG